UGUCCACCAUCUGUCAACCUUGGCUGUAUUAACUUCCACCCAUUGACGUCUUCUAGUUCCGUCUCAGGGCGCAUCUUUCACCAUCGUCUCAACAAUUGAACUAUACAAGCCACGCCUUUUCAUGCGCUCGAAGCGCUAUGGAGGCAAAAUUCGAAAACGAUUGUGAUAUGCCAGUCCGUGGUCUCGUGCGUGACAAAGCAAAUUACCGGAGUCUUGCGUCUCGAGGAUAUACUUCACACGUACACAUACCCACAAACACCGUGCAUAUAAAUCGCACAAAAGAUCCAACAAAACUUCAUCCGCACCACAGGAUGCAGAAGGCAACGAAGGGAGCCGUCAAGAUGGCAUGUCCGAGGUUGCUCGUGAUUCUCUCGACAUUACUGUUCGUAGCUUCGUUUCUGGACUCGUAUUAUUGUAGCCCAGUUGAAAUCGCCCCCGAGAGCGUACCGGACGCCCUCGUAAAAAGUGCAAUUGAUUCUCUUAAUGCCGAUUCGCCAACUCAACACACUUACAAGGGCGGGAACCUCAUUAACGCGCAAAAACUGAUCGAACCAAACCGUGUUGUCUACAGACUUACUCUCAACUUAGAGCCAAUAUGCGAAGUUGGCUCCUCAAGCUGCCCCAGAGAGGCAUGUAUAAUAGCUCUGAUGGUUCAAUCGGAGGCAAUAGAAGUAGAUCGGAAUUCAAUCCAAUGUAUGUACCUGUACCCCCAAUCCGUAAUGGUAGAGCUGGAGAGUAUGCAGCAGACUGGAGGUGCUGCUCAAAAGGAUAAAGAGUUAUCUGUACAUAGGCCAAAUCCUACCUUUGAUGAUGACAGGAAUGAUGAAAGCUUGGUUAAGAACAGAGUUGAGCUCGACCAUGAGGUGCAAGCUACGGUUGGGAAUCAAAGAUUGGAUGCAGAGUCCGUAGAUAAUGAACCUUUUAUCGCCGUAAGGGCUCCAAAUUCAAACUAUUGUGCGGGAUGCCCUUACGAACUGAAUCCUAAUUUGCCAGGACUUGUAGCUUUCAAUGCGCAAGCUCUUGACAUGAUGGAUAGAUUGGGGCAGGGUGAAUUCAAGCACAAAUUGAUUAGGAUAAUAAAAAUAACUAGGGCUGUACCAGCAGGCUCUAAUCUUGUGCAGUAUAAACUACUUGCAGAGAUCGGAGAAUCUAAUUGCCUCAAAGCUGCACUUGUAGACCGCUCUGAAUGUUCCUUACAGAGUAACAUACCGACCAGGGUAUGUCUUGUGACUUUUGAAGAGCAUCCUUGGCAGCAAAACGACCGUCAGGUGACGGGCAAUAAUUGUACCGUGCCAUCUGAUCUGGAAAAUGAAAUAAAUGCAAGCCUGGUUGUGGGUUUAGUGGCUGGAAAUACAGAGAGGGUUGAUUCUGUACAGGAGGUCAUUGGGAAAACUGCGCACAUUGACCAACUUGCACAAGAAGGAAAGAUCGGAACGUACGAUAGUCUGCUCGAUGAAAUACUUCAAAAUCCAGUUCACAAUACAACCAAAAAUACAGCCCAGGCAACGGAAAUUCAUUUUUUCGAAGGAGUGGUACAAAGCAGAGAUGGAAGUCAUAGAGAGGCUAUUGAAGAUAGGCCAGCUAUCACAGAAAUUCCUUAUAUCAAAGUGGAAGUUGAGCGAGAUGAAAGUAGGCCAACAGUUCAUGGAUUUGUGGACAAGAUAAAAGAGUUCGACGACUUUUUGUCAGACUUUGAUAUACCUUUAAAGAGAGAUGAAGUUGUUGAAGAAAAUAUGAAUAACAGGCAGAUUGUUACCGAAGAUAUUAUCAGGCCACAAAGAGUAGAUAGAGAUGGGAUCGCAGGGCAAGGAUGGAUACAUUCCUGUACAAUCUUGUCAUCUUCAGCACACCAGGAUAGCUCCUCUUCGGAGAGCUCGUCUGAGGGAUCCGAAGAGAGUAAAGGGCACACGGUAGAUCCACAGCGAAGGAAGCGAGGUCUGGUGAGCACGAAUGAUUCUGAGAUGCUUCUAGUUAAGAAUUUAGCAGAAAAGGCUGUAUCAACCUUGGAUAAUAUUGAUCAGGACAACGAAAAACGGGUGGUCCUUAGUGUUGUGGAGUCAAAGAAGGAAGAAGUUGAUGGUUUCUUAUACCACCUGAUCCUUGAAAUUGCUUCAACGGAUUGCACAGAAGAAGAGAUGGAUGGUAACGACGAUAACUGCCUUGGUCAAAUUUCUGGACCAGUGAGGAUAUGCAAAGUACAAAUACACACGGAUGACAAGAACCAAUUAAUAUCUGCAAGGGUUGUCAAUUCCGAAUGUUGGAGGAGAACAGGGCGCAACAAAAGGAGAAGACGCUCGACCAGUUUAGUGGGAAGCUUUGCGUUAAACGUCAACGAGUUAAACAACGAAUCGAACCAAAUCAUAGAAGAAAAAAGUCACAGCAGAAUCUUGCGUAAGCGAGUCGCGGUGGGAUCUCCAACUACAAUAAGUGUUGAUGAUCCAGAUGUCCAAAACUAUAUUGUUUUGGGUCUGCACAAAUAUGCAUCCAACUUCAAAGGGGCUAAUGAACCUGUUGUGGCUGAAAUCAAAAAUGCAACAGUCCAGGUUGUGGCAGGGACUCUCUACAAAAUAAGGGUAUUAUUUGGACCAAGUAAUUGUGUCAAGGGUACCACGGAAAAUUGUCAAAUACAGGCUGGUAGCCCGACAGAGGAAUGUGAGAUCAGAGCAUGGUCGAGGCCUUGGCUGUUGCAGGAUGCCUUGCAAAUAACAGUUAACUGUAAUUUAAACACCAGGACGAAACGAAUGCUAAAGGGAAUGAAUUACAGUCAAAAAAUGCUGGAGCAAUCAUUGCACAUGAAGAACGAAAAGCUUUUCAAUGAAUUUUUGAUAAGAUACAACAAAAGUUAUUCUUCUACUCUGGAGAGAAAAGAUCGCUUAAAAAUAUUCGAACAAAACAUGAUGAUGGUCCAGGAACUUCAACGCAAUGAACAGGGAACCGCGAUUUACGGAGCAUCGAUGUUUGCGGACUUGACAACCGAGGAAUUUAAGAAGAAAUACUUAGGGUUACGACCGGAACUUCGCUUUGAUAACGAAAUACCAAUUCCAAUGGCAGAGAUUCCAAAUAUCACAAUACCUGACGAGUAUGAUUGGCGUAACUUCAACGUGGUAACUCCAGUUAAAAAUCAAGGAUCGUGUGGUUCCUGCUGGGCCUUCUCUGUGACAGGCAACAUUGAGGGACAGUAUGCUCUGCGACGAGGAUCAUUAUUGUCUUUUUCUGAGCAGGAAUUAGUGGACUGUGAUUCUCUGGAUGAGGGGUGCAACGGAGGCUUACCGGACAAUGCCUACAGAGCGAUAGAGAAACUUGGUGGCCUUGAGUUGGAAAAUGAUUAUCCGUACGAGGGAGAAAACGAGUCUUGCCGUUUUAAUCAAAAAGACGUGAAGGUCAAGGUGGUUUCCGCAGUAAAUAUAACCACCAACGAGACUCAGAUGGCGCAAUGGCUCGUACAGAAUGGCCCUAUCUCGAUUGGAAUCAAUGCAAACGCUAUGCAAUUUUACAUGGGCGGAGUUUCCCACCCGUACAAGUUUCUCUGUAAUCCAUCAAACCUUGAUCAUGGCGUACUAAUUGUAGGAUACGGAGUGCACACAUAUCCAAUCUUCCACAAAACUCUACCAUUCUGGACAAUAAAGAACAGUUGGGGUCCGCUUUGGGGUGAGCAGGGAUAUUACAGGGUGUACAGAGGAGACGGAACGUGCGGAGUGAACCAAAUGGCAUCAAGUGCAGUGGUAGCUUAGUCGUAGAAAGAUAGUUCUGAUGCUUCCCAAUAUUCUAUACAUAAAUUUAUAGGAUUGUUCUAUCAAAUAAUAAUAUGAUUAUUAUUAAAAUUUUGAUAAGCUCCCAGUACUGACUGAUCAUCCAAAAGUCAAAUUUCAGUCGAUUUGAGCUGAAUAUUCUUUAGUAACAAAGCCAUGACGAAAGAUCAAUGUGCAAAGUGUCUGAAUAUUAUUUGUAGUACAUAGAAAAUAAUGUCUGUGUAUCAAGUAUGAAAAUUUGUUGAUCGAUUUACAUAUUAGCGUAUUGUUUUUUGUUUUUUUUUUUUGUUUUUUUUUAAUGUACUUAUACAACGAGAAUUUAGUUAAUUAUCUCAUGAGUAGAAUCUGUAAUAUCUAAAUAUAAAACAUGUUAGAAUUUUAAACCGGAUUCUAGUUUUUUUUCAGUCUGUAGACACAAACUAUAGCCAUGUAUACGCAUGACAUUUGAGGUGCAAUAAUGAUUUCUGCAAUAAAGAAUACCACUCGGUUGGAGAUUACCAUCAUCAUCAUCAUUGUCACUAUUGUUAUUGCUGUUGUUGUUGUUGGUGUGUUAAUACUUUAUUAUUAUCAUCAUCAUCAACAUUAAUAUAUGCACUACAAAUGUCGAUUUACCUGUUUUCGAAACCAUAAAUGAAAAUAAAGAUUGUGAAAUAGAAAGGGCUGCUGUUAUCCGGCAAAUGUUUGGUGUCUAGCAUUGUGAUAUUUUCUCAAAUAUAUACUUAUAAUAUAA